CCGUACACGCUUUCGCACCUUAUCCCAGCUCAGAUCUCUCCAAAACCCUCUCUUCUCCUGCAGCUAUUAUUCUCCCUUCUUCUCCGACGAGAUUCAGACAAUGGCUACAACCUUUUUCCGGAGACUCGCCAAGUCCGCUCCGACCACAUUCUCCCGUGCCUCCCGAUUCCACGGGGACUCAGGUUUCGGCACGUUCCGCUUCCCGGUCGGCGCGAUUGCCGCUCUUUCCGGCGGACUCUCGUACUAUUAUUCCUCCUCCGACAACAAUCUGGUUUAUCUGGAUCAAGAAAAGGAAGAGACAGGACCGAAAACUGCUCUAAAGCCUGAUAAAUGGAAUGAAUUUAAGCUUCAAGACACUGCUAGAGUUAGCCACAACACCCAAUUGUUCAGGUUCUCAUUUGAUCCGUCAGCCAAGUUGGGUCUAGAGGUUGCUUCUUGUAUCGUGACAAGGGCUCCUGUAGGCUAUGACUCUGAAGGGAAACCAAAAUAUGUCAUAAGACCCUACACUCCAAUAUCUGACCCAGAGGCUAAGGGAUAUUUUGAUUUACUGAUCAAGGUAUAUCCAGAAGGGAAAAUGAGUCAGCAUUUUGCCAGCUUAAAACCAGGGGAUGUAGUUGAAGUUAAAGGACCCAUUGAAAAGUUCAAGUACUCGCCUAAUAUGAAGAGAAAUAUUGGCAUGAUUGCUGGUGGAACUGGAAUUACUCCCAUGCUUCAGGUGAUUGAAGCAAUUCUGAAGAAUCCGGAGGACAAAACUCAGAUAUCAUUGCUUUAUGGCAACGUUUCUCCGGAUGAUAUACUUCUCAAGCAGAAGCUUGAUGCACUUCAAGCUAAACACCCAAAUUUGAAGGUGUAUUAUACCGUCGACAACCCAACUAAAAGCUGGAAAGGAGGUGUGGGUUACAUUUCAAAGGAUAUGGCUCUGAAAGGUUUACCCCCUCCUGGGGACGAUACUUUUAUUCUUGUAUGUGGUCCUCCUGGGAUGAUGGAGCAUAUUUCUGGAGGUAAAGCUCCAGACUGGUCACAAGGGGAGGUCAAGGGCAUACUCAAGGAGCUUGGAUACACAGAGCAAAUGGUUUUCAAAUUCUGAGGAAAAAGCUUGGAGAAGAAUCUCAUAGUUUUAUGCUUCCAAGAAGAUUCAUGUAAUAAAAUUCUAAGGAACAACAUGGGCAUGAGCUCGAUCCGACCUACCAAACUCCAUGAAUAAACGGAUUUAAUCAUACGGAUAUAUCCUCGGGUCAUCGAUCUACAGGUAAUACUCGUUUUCUUAUGCUGAUUUCGGGACGAAAAAACUUGAGGCUACUCGAAUUUUGUGUAGAGUUGAAUAAACACAUUCAGAAAGAUUCUGCAUUGUCUUCAAUGUUUCAAUGUGCAAAUUCUCCAUAUAGAAGGGAGAAUGAUCCAGGGUUGGUUU